ACUCGCCUCAGCCGGGGAGCCUUCCCCCUCACCCCUAAAGUUUCUGGGUUCGUUGGAAUUUUUGGAUUCAGAUUUUUUUUCCUUUUUUUUUUUUUCCACCUAGGAGUUUGAGGGGAAAACUUUUGACAAAUCGAUCGCACUUUCUCUCCGCUAGCUCUUACGAGAGAGGCUCCCGCUGGACAAAGUUUUCCAAAGUUUUCCGAGUGUGAUGGUUGCGGGGAGAGCUAAUCCACCAGCUUGAUUCACCGCUUCAUCUCACCACCCCUCGAGCAUCCCCUAAGCCCGCUAUAAGGGAACAAACAAACAAACAAGCAAACAAAGUUACACCCCGAGUCGCCUCGUGUCUCUUCUCUCUCUUCUUUUAGGCAAUUUUUUCCCUCCCUCUCUCCGCUCCCCUCGCAGCCUCACUCCCCUUCCCUCGGCCCCUUCCUCCUUCUCCGUUUCGGCUGGAGGUGCCAGGACCCCCGGCCGCAGCCUCCCCUCCCCCGCCGCUCGCGUCCCUUCUCAUCCGGCCCUCCCCUCCCCCGCCGCGGCCGGCACAGCCAAUCCCCCGAGCGGCCGCCAACAUGCUCUUUGAGGGCUUGGAGAUGGUGUCGGCGCUGGCCACCCUCGCCGCGUGCCUGGUGUCGGUGACGCUGCUGCUGGCCGUGUCGCAGCAGCUGUGGCAGCUGCGCUGGGCUGCCACCCGCGACAAGAGCUGCAAGCUGCCCAUCCCCAAGGGCUCCAUGGGCUUCCCGCUCAUCGGAGAGACCGGCCACUGGCUGCUACAGGGUUCCGGCUUCCAGUCGUCGCGGAGGGAGAAGUAUGGCAACGUGUUCAAAACGCACUUGCUGGGGCGGCCGCUGAUCCGCGUGACAGGCGCAGAAAACGUGCGCAAGAUCCUCAUGGGCGAGCACCACCUCGUGAGCACUGAGUGGCCACGCAGCACGCGCAUGCUGCUGGGCCCGAACGCGGUGGCCAACUGCAUUGGCGACAUCCACCGCAACAAGCGCAAGGUAAGAGCUCUCUCUGGGCGAAGCGCCCCGCAACCCUGCUCUGACCCUCUUCUUCCGUGCACCCGUCUCGGGUGUAAGGAGUUUGCGGAGCCCCGGGGACUCCCCCACCCGAAUCUGCGCCCCCAUUUGCACACCAUGCUAGAGGAUCCCACAGUUUCGUGCCUAGACUGCUGCGGUCCGGGAUCUAGAGCCUGCAGGCCUCCCCCGAGUCUGCCCGUUUGUCGGUCGGCUGUGCCGUUCCCACUACCGGGGCCCAUCGGUGGCUGUUGCGGGGAGGUGGUAUGGACAGAGCUCGAACACGCAGGGAGUACGGCGUCCAACGCCGGUCCUCGCGUGCUCCACAAAACCGAGAAAUAGAAGGGCAGAUGGUGGUCCAUGCUCCCCUUUUCGCCCGGUUUCCCUCUGGAAUCCCGAGGACUGGAGACGGAUCUUUGGAAAACCAAACCUAGCCUUUUUGCCACUGGUUGCUUAAGGGCGACGCGGGCAGGCGCAGGGAGCGGAGCACCUUGUGCGCGACAGUAGCAAGGCCUCG